CACCAUAACUCAUAAUUUAAAUUCUAUGUGGACUUUAUCCUCACAUAACACCCGAAAAGACUGUAACAUGUUAUACUUUCAUCAUUCUUUUUUCUCGUAUAUUAUUGUGCGAAUUUUCUUUUACAAAAUCUACUCAAGAACAUGCUGAGCUCUUUUUUGGCCAGUUUAACUUUUCAGAAUUCACAGUCGACUAUGGCGUAUUCCAUGGUGCGAAUUCGAAGGCUUGAAACUACAAUAUCGUUAAAAUCUAAGCUCCAGCGUAUGGGGAUGUACGCUAUACGCCAUUGUGAUCAGUUUGUCAAGCUCUACAAACUGGCAUAUAUCCCAUUGAAAACGGAGGCUAACACUUAAAGGCCUUCCCUUGUUAGACAAAAAAAUUUGGAGAAUUUUUCUAAAUAUGUUGCCACUACCUACUGUGAAAGUUUGAGUAAAAAUCUUUGACAUCGAUUGAGCAACUUAGAUCGUGUCUGCCAUGCAAUGGCUCUGAAGGAUACUAUCGUCCUAUAAUUUAUUGAUGAUAUAGUAUCUUGGUUUUAUGUAGGAUGUGACAGCAACCAAAGGGCAUACAUUCGAAGAUUAUUUUUUAAAACGUGAACUUUUAAUGGGAAUAUUCGAAAAAGGGUGGGAGAAUCCAUCACCAAUUCAAGAAGCUGCGAUCCCAAUUGCAUUAAGUGGACGAGAUAUUCUGGCUCGUGCAAA